GAAAGAAAAUUAUUAGACCGCAACACCUGAAGGUUUCCUCUAUAAACGCGUUUACGCGGGCGCUUAUUGAAACGCCACAGUACUUUUGCCGCGGAUGGCCGCCUUCCGUUUGCCCUGGCGGCAAAAUGUCCAACAUCACCCUGAGCUGUGUACACUUUCUUCCAGCCUCCUUUCCCAUUGAUAGAUACAGCCUCUUCGCCUCACAGCCAUAAAAGAUUACGCUGGAGCAUCCUGUACAAACCAAACCGUUUAAUCCCUGCUGUACUUUUACCUUAAUUGCUACGACCUCUUCCCCUGUGCUAUUGCCUCUGUUCUCUCACUUCCUCCAGUCAUGGACCGAAGCUUGGAUGAGAUCAUAGCGGAACGGCCCUCCUCAAACCGUGGGCAAGCUCGCAACCGUCCUCGACGGAGCAAUGCGCCUCGAAACGGUGUCAAAAAGCCCUUCAGAACAGAGCGCGCCAAUUUAGAUCUCGAUUGGGUUCAUGAUAAGUUCGAGGAUGAUAGAAACACUCCUUCCUACCGUGGUAGCCGAGCCCGUCGCCUCGACCGGUAUUCUCCAGAACCGGAACAACCCCAAACCGGUGCCAAACUCCGCGUCACCAAUCUCCAUUACGACUUAACAGAAGAUGAUCUCGAGGAUCUUUUUACCCGCAUCGGACCAAUUAACGCGCUUUCUCUACGGUACGACCGAGCCGGACGUUCAGAAGGAGUUGCGUUUGUGACGUAUAAGCGUUUAGUGGAUGCCCAAACUGCCAUCCGAGAGUUUGAUGGCGCGAACGCGAAAGGGCAACCAAUCACUCUCACGAUGAUGUCUUCCACCUCGGGGAGACCCGCUGGGCGUAAUCCGUUCGACUUUGCUGAAAAGCCAAAAGGUAGCCUAUUUGACCGAACUGAAAAGCCCCACACUCGAGACAGUCGCAGUCUCAGCCCAGAAGCGAGCGAAAACGUCGAUGACACUUCGGGUCGUGUUGGCGGAAGGGGCCGUAGAAGCGAUGUCUCAAAGCCUGCGCCGGAACACAUCGAUCGCUACGUCCCAGGCCAGCGAUCGCCACGGCGACGUGGUGAUGGUGGAAGAGGUAGAGGACGGCGGCCUGGGGAGGUGAAAGACCGUCAAGAGCGAAAUGGCAGUGCGGCAGGAUCUGGGCGGCGAGCAGGGAAUAGGAGGGCAAAAAAGACGCAGGAAGAACUAGAUCAGGAGAUGGAGGAUUACUGGGGUAACACUACGGCGGCCAAUGGGAAUGGUAACGGUGCCGCUGCUCCUGCUGCCACAUCCUUUUCUGCAGCCCCUGCGUCCACCGCUCUGCAUGAUGAUAUUGACAUGAUUGAGUAAGCUAGCUUGCUUUCAUGUGGGGGGCAUUGAGGACGAUCAAAAGUUGUCCAAAUUGAAAAGAGUUUCGGCCAAAGAAGGUACAUCGUUUCUAGGAAGGGUGGUUCAUGCAAACUGCUUUUUGUCAGGCGCAUUCUUGUGGAGACCUUAUUAUUUAUUGUGUUCAUUCCUUUACAAGAAAAAACAUUAACUUUUCGUUUAUUUUUCGGUUAUGGUCAUCGCCGCUCUGCUUUUCCAGACGUGGGUUAUUUAUUUAGGUGCUUUAUUUGUAUGUACAGCUGCAGAGCAUAGAAAUGGUUGAAUAUCUUGUUUGAUUGGUUUCAAAUGCACUCGUUCUAAAGUUACCGCGAUUUUGGCUCUAUGCGCCACUUGGGAUGAAACAAAUAGGGGGUGAAAUGCACAUGGCAACCCGUUUUUAAAAUUCUAAGUCGCGGAACACCUAAAGGAACGAACCUUAACACAGGCUGGAUGUUUCUGAGUCUUUAACUUACAGAUACAACCGCAGUGAAG